GGUGCGCGCCGGGUGGCGGAGGGAGGCGGCGAACGGGAAGGGGGCUGCAGAGCCCUUAGCGCUGGGACCCCGCCCCCGAAUGGGCAGCGAGCGGGCGGAGCCUGGCCGGGGGGCGAGGCGCCGGGACUAGGCAGCGCGGGGGCUGUGCCGCUCGCCCUUUUUGAGCGCUGGCCUGGCGGGCGCGGGCCGGGGCGGCUGCGGAGUCGCGCUUCCCGAGCCGGCAGCGCCGAGCCCCCUGCCCGCAAGGAGCGGAGCGGGACACGGAGACUCACCGGCCGGCAAAGUUGGCGGGGACCGUCCUCGCGGCGCCCGCUGAAGGCUGGCCGCGGCCGGCUUUCGCUUCCCCCGUAGGGCUCAGGCUGGGCGGAGCGGGAGCCGAACAGCCCCCAGCACCUCGGAAAGAUGUUUUUGUCACGAAGAACCCACUUCUGACAAUGGGACUGAUCACAAUUACUAGAAAUUGUUUUGCUCUGAAGAACUGGCAGCUUAUUAAGAUGUCUCCUACCUUUGGUCUAAAAGUAAUCAUCUGAAAUAGUCCAAUUUUUAAAUAAUGAUGGUGCCCUUGAAGCUAUCAGUCUCUUCUGUUAUGCAGCCUACGAGUUCCAUAGACAAAUGAUUACAGAAUAAGCAGUGCAAUAAGCUUUUCUACAUUGAGACACUAUUUUCUAUUAUUGUUAACAGUCAAGAAGCAGUUUGCCAACCGACUGAAGACCACAAGAAUCUAGUGCUGAUUUGUAUUGUAAUGGAGGGAUACUUCUGUAAAGUAGCGAGAAGAUCUGGGAGUAGAACAUUUACUAUUUCUGUACUCUCCAGCCUACUAUAAUGUCAAAAAUGAGUACCAACUGGACAGCCAACCUGAGCUUUGGAGCAUCUACAGAUCCUCAUGAGCCAAGAACUGGACUCUCUAGAACAGGGCACACCAUAGUGGCUGUUUUCCUUGGAUUUAUCUUGGUAUUUGGCUUCUUGAAUAACUUUAUUGUUCUCAUACUCUUCUGCAAGUUUAAAACCCUGCGCAACCCUGUGAACAUGCUACUGCUGAACAUCAGUGCCAGUGACAUGUUAGUGUGCAUCUCUGGCACCACACUCAGUUUUGCAUCCAACAUCCACGGCAGAUGGAUCGGAGGAGAGUAUGGUUGCAUGUGGUAUGGCUUUGUCAAUUCCUGCUUUGGUAUUGUGUCCCUGAUCUCCUUGGCUAUCCUGUCUUACGAACGCUAUAGCACCAUCACCCUAUGUAACAAACGAGGCUCUGACUAUCAGAAGGCUCUGCUAGCAGUUGGUGGUUCCUGGCUUUAUUCUCUGAUCUGGACAGUACCACCGCUCAUUGGCUGGAGCAGUUAUGGGAUUGAGGGGGCCGGCACAAGCUGUUCAGUACGUUGGACCUCCAAAACAGCUGAGUCUGUGUCCUAUAUCAUCUGUCUCUUCAUAUUCUGCUUGGUCAUCCCUGUAAUGGUCAUGAUAUACUGCUAUGGGCGUCUCCUUUAUGCUGUUAAACAGGUUGGAAAAAUCCGGAAGAAUGCUGCCCGUAAAAGGGAAUACCAUGUUCUCUUCAUGGUGAUUACUACAAUAAUCUGUUAUCUAAUAUGCUGGAUGCCUUAUGGAGUUAUAGCAUUGCUUGCAACAUUUGGUAGUCCAGGUGCAGUUUCUCCAGUAGCAUAUGUCAUACCUUCCAUCCUGGCAAAGAGCAGUACCGUAUUCAAUCCAAUUAUCUACAUACUUAUGAACAAGCAGUUUUACAAAUGCUUUCUUCUACUUUUCCACUGCUACCCUCCUUCGGCUGCUGAUGGAGAAUCCAUAUGUCAGUCUAAGGUAACCGUAAUCCAGCUGAACCAGAAAGUGGACAGUGGAGUCACAUGUAAUAAUCAAAUACUUCCUGAAAUGGAUGAAAGAGUGCCCAGUCUGCUGAGCCCAGAGUCAAGCUUGGAGCCAGCUUCAGAAGACACACCACAGAUGUUAAAGGAGAAUUCUCUCUGAUGACUAGGCACCCACCUUAACUAGUGUACGCUGUUGUAUUGCCACACUACCCAGUUUACUUUAACAUUCCUAAAGGAAAUUGGUAUUUGUGGAAUAGGAAAAAAAAUAUGACAAGAACAAAAAUAGGCUUCUGUUACUAUUUCUUAAUAGCACCUAAGACUGAAAGUCACUGAAGGAAUGGUUUGAUAUGGCAGUUUUAAAACAAUACAGGUGACCUUCCAGAUAUAAGUUAAUUAUUUAAUAGAGAACUGAAAAGCAGUGAAGGUUUAAAUCUUUAUAAACUGAUGAGCAAUGUCUCCAAGAGUCAAUCUAUAUUAAGGACAUAUGUGUCAUCUAGUUUAUCCCUUUGCCAGUAGAUUUUUCCCUACUAGUAUUUUGGUCUCCUAUACUUAUAAAAGUGAGUGAUGAAGAUUCCACCCCUUCCCUUAGGACGAAGCCUAAAAAACUCCAAGAUUUUCCUGAUAUUCACCCUAUUUUCCCUUUCUUAAUUUCAUUCAACUACUCCUAGUUAAACCCCUUUAGCCUAUAACAUUAAUCUCCAUCCUUAGCAUUUACAACAAUCCCACAUUUGCAUGUGGCUAUUUAUUGGUAUUCUGCACCCUGCCUGGCUAAUACCUAUUUAUUUCCAGGUGCAGUUCAAACUUUUUAAGUGGUUGAUGACCCAGGUAUCAGACAAUGUCUUUCUUUCAAUGCUUAUUGCAACUAUUAGUCUGGUAGGGCAUGCUGUCUGUCUGUUCCUGGGGGAACAGCAGCCAGACAUUUACUGCAGGGCCUAAAGUAGAUGGGGGGGAGGGAAGAGGGAAAGUGCUCCCUGCACCAGCCAAGGAACAAGGGAGGUGUGGGAAGUGAUGGUUAAAAGCCGCCUCCUCCCCCACCCAUGGCUUGGAUGAAGGAGUGGGAGGCACACUUUGCCCUUCUUCCACUUUUCCUACUGUUUAUGUUCCAGAUACCUUUCCCCUCAUCUACCAGAGCCUGAAUUUUGUAAGAUUUACAUGAGCAGUGAUGAAAUAUUUUACUGAAUUCACAUCUACUAAUUUAAUUCUGUCCCAAACUGGAAUCAGUGUAUCAAGUUUGCAUUGAUUUAUUUAUGUAAACUUAUGCUACUUACUGCUCACAUAGUUAUUGCCAUUACCCUUUAUCGGCCAAAUUUGCAAAAUGUGAUCUAUAUAUAAACACUAUCACUUGUGCAAGCAAAUAAUCAAAUUUACACAUGCAAACACAAUUUCUUGUAUACAUCAAGCGCAUGUCUGUUCUGCAUGUGAUAAAUAGCUCAUUUGUGCACACAGAUGGUAGGGCACGAAAAAUCAGUUGUGUAAAUGACUGCUUGCAAAAUUGCAUGCACUCAAAUACGGGGUGGGUCAAGAUACCUUUUGGAAGCCUGAGUUGAUAUUUAAAGCAUUUCCUCAAUGCUUAUUCCACUAUUAAGACAUUUUAGAAAGAAUUCCACCACUUUUCUAGUGUCCUUCUGGCUCCAAUAGCAGUUGAUUUAAAGACUAGAAGAGAACAAUACUGGGAUUCAUUCUGGUGAACAUACAUGCAAGUAAAGACAAAGCUUAACAGAAGGGACAAAUAUUAGUUGUUUUUAAAAUUUAAACAGAGUCUUUAAAAAUGUGUUGCAAAGAACAAUAAAAACUACAAUAAAGUAAUCAGUGAUGUUCUUUUAAUUGGGUAGUGUCUGGUACAGAGUACUUUACGGUUCAAUGCAUCUCACCAACCUUAUUUAGGGAGAAGAUUAAGUCACUGGAGAGUGCAUACUGACAAGGGAAAUAUACUAUAUGACUGAAUAGCUCUUUUCCAUCUGUAACUUCCGAUUCCAUUAACAAAACUGACAGCAUAAACCCUGCCAAGAAAUCCUAAUAAUCCAGUAAAACAACUUUUAAAGCUAGCAAUAAAAACUAUAAAACAAAUAAAAUUCUAAAUUAGAGAUGACACUCCAUUCUUUCCUCACAUAGCUGUAAAAAAGGGCACAAACAGGAAAGUUAACCUCUUCAUUCUGCAUGAGCAUGACUAGACAUCCUAGGUUUAUUUAAAAGCUUUUAGACCCUUUAUUUUUUUUAAUUUUAUAUUUAUAACAGUUCACCAUUUGAAGAACAAACCCUACUGUCUGAUAGAUAACCUAGGACUAAGUUUAGAAAAGCAUUAAAUAGAAGGAAAAUAGUAGGAAUCUAAAACAAAUAAUAGAAAUUAGAAAUGCAAAGAACUAGGACAUUUAGACCCGCCCCCUGCCAAUAUCAAUAUUUUUUUCCCUACAGUGCAUUUUCUAAUGCUCUGUACUUUCUGCUCUUUAAAAGCUCCUAGCAAUAGGGCUAUCAACAUUUAUCUGGGGAGAGCAUUCCACAGCCUAGUAAAGCUCACAGUCAAGCCUCUCUUUCUUAAUUUCCUUAAUUCUCUUAUAUCCUUUUGCACCAUUCUAUUCAUUUCCAUGGGAAGUUUAUGUCAUCUGGCCCCAGCUAUUUAGUUUCUGCUGUGCCAAGCUACAUUUAUUUUAAUUUUUCCUCACAAUUCAAUUUCUUCAUCCCCCGAGCAUGUUGAGUGGACUUCUCAAGCCCCCUUGAAAUUGUCAGUAGCUUGGCAUUGAGGUACCCAGAAAUGAACCCUGUAUUUCAGAUGAGCAAUAACUUAACAAUAAAGGCCUACUCCUCUACGUAUUAGUUCUAAGGAAAUUGGGGAAGCUCUAUCAGUUGAUUCAUUUAAAAAUUAGGCUAGACAGAUUGCUCAAGAAUAUACCGUGGGGAUCCAUCCAGAAUCAACAAGUGGGCAGAAAAAACUAUUUAUAGGCCUUUUCCAGUUCUGAUGUCUAUAAUAAACUAUUUUUGAGCUCUCAGAGCUUAAACAUAACAUCUAUUUUUACACAGAAAAAUUUUACCUGACCUUAAAUGUGGCAAGAAUAACUGGUGAGGCUACAGUAUUACCAUACAUGCAAAAAGGGAACUGAAAAGAUUUCCCUAUAAGCCAAACCUAGUCUUUGCUAAUGCCCUACCUCUUUUUUUAUGGUCCAAAAACCAUAUUUAGAUUAUAACAGCUGUAAAAUAGGAAAUUUAAAAAACAGUUUUUCCUCAUAUACAGAAAAAUCUAGAAAAGUUGCUGUAUAGACUACAGUUCAGGAGUGUGACUUAGUAUUCUGUAGAUAAGUUACUGUGGGGAAAAAUAUGAUUAGCACUAAAAAAAAUAUUAAUUUGAAAAGAGUUUUUAAAAUAUAUAUUAUUCAAAUGAAAUUAUCAGGUUAUCAAGCUUGCUUACCAGCUGUUUCUUUAUUAUAAUAUUACAGUUUUGGACACUAAUAAACAUUUAAAUAUUUCAAAAUGCUGAAUAGGAUAUAUUAGUUUACCUUCCUUUUAAUAGAAUAUAACUUUAGAAUGUUUAGAUAUGGCUUAAAUUGAGUCUAAAUAGCACAACUAAACUCUUGGGAUUUUGCAAUCUGUGCUGCUGAAAAUAUUUAAACAGAAUUAAAUGAAAAAUGUUAAGUUAUUUGCAUGGAUGGUUUAUACAAAUGAACACAUACAUUCUGUUAAUUUGGUUUUGGUAAUUUUAAUAAUUCAAGGUUUUCAAUUUCCAACAUGCAUCUUUUGCACAGUACAAUUGUGCUUUGUGGUUAGCAAAUUAAUUUUAAAAACAUUUUUCCUAGUUUGUAAAUAUAUAAAAUAUAAUUUAAUAUACCUGAGUAUAACAGAUAACAUAUAAAAGCAUAAGGAAUCUAAUUCAAAUAUUAACCAAGACUUCAGAUCAGCUUCUGAUUUAGCAAAACUGUUUGUUUAAUUAUUUACAAUGCAGAAAUACAGAUAUAGGACUUGAUUUUCAGAAGUGCUGGGCACUCACAACUUCUGUUAAGAGCUGUGGAUGUUCAGUAACUCGGAAAAAUGAGGCCCAUAGGUGUUCACUUUUUUAAGAAGUCAGCAUUAAAGAGAUCUUAACAAGCUUAUGUGAGAGAGAGUGAACAAAAUCACAUAUAUGUAAUAUGAUAAUCAGAUUACAUGUAUGUGGUUAUCACACACUCAGUAUAUGCCACUUUUUUCCCCAUGCAUCACAGUAGCAGCCACAGAACUAAGUUUAACAACAUAACUAUUUUGAAUUAAACUAUUUUGUUUAAUAAAGUACAUUCAGGUUUUAUGAACAUUGGGCAUAAUGAAAACACAGUUUUCUGCACAUUAGUCUGCAUAUGUACACUGUGUUUGUCAUUCUUUGACCAAUUAAAUUAAAAGUAACAGAUUCUCAGGUGGAUGCUACUGACUCCAUCAAAUUUAACAAACAAAAAGCAAGACUAGAAGCAAUAGUAAACGCUGUAGCUACGCUAUCAUUGAGGUGUAUCCCUAGAAAUACUACAAAACACAUGUAUGUAUGAAAUUUACUUUUUGUUGGUGUUCAGGAAUGCUGGAUGCAGGAGUAUUGGUUCAUGUUUGUAAUAGGGGGCCAUAUGAUGCCACAGAUAUGCGCAUGGAUUGAAGGCAGUAUGUUACCCACAGUUCUGUGGGUUUAACAGACUUUUUAAAUAAAGAAAAGUGCUAUGUUCAUUUUCAAGAGAAGGUUAUUUCAUGACUGUUUGGUCAAUCAAAGAUGACAAAUAUUAACCACAAGAGAACACUACUUGAAUUUACAGAAAAUCAACACUAAUUAAAGAAUUUAAAUGUCACCAAAUGGCAUUUGUGCCUAGACAUAAGCAGUAAUAUACCUGUGUUUGAUGUAGAUUUUUGCAUCGUGUAGUUUGAUUAGAAAUCAAUGUUACUGUAAACACAAAAAGUUGCACCAUUUAUCAAUAACUAUAAUGUAUUCUGUAAAUUCAUAGAUAUGAAAAUGCUAACCAAUAUUACCAUGUGCUGUUAAGUGUUUCAAGGUCAAAUGACAUGCUGGAGUAUUAAAGAAACCCACCACACAGAAUGAAAAGUGACAGAUAAUGCUUGGAAUGCUAUUUGAAAUGAGUUUAUUUUCUUCUCUGUGUAUACCAGGAAGCUGAAGCUUCUUAAAUAUUUGAGCAUUUUCUACCUGCAUGAUAAUAUAUCUGAAAAGGGUAACCAUUACACCAGUCCAAUUUUGUGUUUUAACAACUAGUUACCAGAUUACUAGCUAAGUCAAGGUAACAAUAACACAGGCAAAUGGUUUUAAAACAACUAAUAUGUUUAACGUAACGUUGUCACUGUUUGUUUUCAAGUUAUGCAAACAUUCUUUUUAAGCCCAGGUAGAGAUCAGCAGCAUUCUUCUUGUCAACAUGCCAUUUGAAAUGGUUUUAUAUCCGUGUCCUGAAUGAAAACAAUUGAUAAUGUACCAGUGUUAUGAUUUGCUUGCUUGUGUUGUCAUCUUGAGUUAUGCAUGCAAAGGAAGUUGAAUAUAGUGUUAUCAAGAAUCCUUAAUGCCUACCUGUUGUUUUGAACUGUUACAGUGAACUGUAAAUCCUGAAACAAGAAUUUCUUUUUCAAUAAUAAAAUAUGUAUUUAGUUACUGUU